AUGCUCGAUGAGCAAAGUUCGCGAGAAGGUGUUUUCAUCGCCAAUCAUACCGAGCAUGAGAAAUUUCUUCCGGGCUUGUUCGCUUUCGAUCUGUAUGUUUCCGGGGUGAAAGAUAAUGCGAAGCCGUAUGAUGGGUUUAAAUUGAGGGAAUUGAUUGAUGCCUUUGGAACUGAUCUUGAAAGUCAUUUACACCAUGAGAUUGCAGUUUUGGAAGAUCUGGAAAAGGAUACAUCGAUUGAUUGGGGGAAAUGCGGUAAAGCAAUGGCUCAAUAUUCUAAGAAACAUGUAGAUAGAGUGCGAGAUGUCCCGUUCUUAAUCACAAAUUCUGAUGUGACAUACGAAUCUGGCAUUCAUGGUCCGAGAUUUCCACCAUUUCCUUGGUUUGUGGGGUUGAUCUUUCGCUGGUUUUAUAUUCCGAAGUUGAAGGGGGCAUGGAGAUUCUCAAGUUGUGAUGAUUAUGGGAUUCCGAAGGAACUUCCCUUUGCAUGA